UUGCACCCGGGUCAACCAGCCCUCCUGCCUCGCCCCCACCUAAACCCUCCCUCCGCCCCCUAAGGCAGCCCUGCGAACCCCAUAGCUGCUCAGGAGGUCGCAUGGGACUCCGGCGAUGGGCAGGUGGAGGCUGAUGUGGCGGGUUUGGGGGCGCACGAUGCCCCCGGGACUGAGAUCCGCGACACUCCACUGCAGGCAUGCCUCGUCCUUCCCGCUCCCUCGCCAGCCCCUGCCCUCGCUGGCGGAGACCACGGCCCGGUACCUGCGCUCCCUGGAGCCGCUGGUGAGCCCAGAGGAGCUGGAGCAGACGCAGCAGCUGCUGGCUGAGUUUGGGGUGCCAGGCGGAGAAGGCGAGAGGCUCCAAGCACGGCUGCAGCGCCGGGCGGACCGCAUGGAGAACUGGAUCACAGACUGGUGGGUUCAGUCAGCAUACCUGGAAAGCCGCCUGCCGCUGGCUGUUCACUCCAGCCCCGCUGUCGUGCUGCCCAAGCAGGAUUUUAAUGACUGGAAAGGACAAUUGAGUUGCAGUUGUUGUUGGACCCUGACUUUCAUCAACCCCAAGCAGCAAGGCCAGUGGUCAGGGAUGAUGGGAAUUGUAGUCCGGAAACAUCCCAAGGGGGAAGAGGUUCCUUGCCUCUGUUUCAAGAUGGAAGCUCUUGUAAGUCCUUUCUGUCUAUCACACCCUCUCUCUCUUUGUCUUUUCUUUCCACAUGUUUGCCUUCUCUUGCUCGCCACCCCAUUCUCCCAGUUUAUUGUGGGAGAAGAUGGCUCCUGUGGGGUGCUUUAUGAACAAGCCGUUGCUGAAGGACCACCAAUCGCCACCAUCAUAGACCACGUCCUUGACUACUGCAAAGAUCCUGUCCCAGUCCGCGCCCCACUGAUACCUCUGCAGUUACCCAAAAAACUCUACUUCUGUUUCACUCCAGAAAUCAAACGCGACAUCGAACACGCCAAACAGAACCUGGACAUUCUCAUCACCGACCUCGACAUCAGCUGUUUCACUUACUGCGGGUUUGGCAAGGAGCUUCUCAAACGCCUUAGGCUGAGCCCAGACUCUGUCCUGCAGGUGGCACUGCAGCUAGCCUAUUACAGGGCACAUGGGGAGCUGUGCGCAACCGCCGAGUCGGCCUCUCUCCGUCGCUUCCACCGCGGCCGGACGGAGACCAUUCGCUCCACUACCUCUGCCGCGCUGGCCUUUGUCCGAGCUAUGGCUGACGACGACUGUCAGGCUCCGGAAAGAUUGUCUUUGCUGAAGAAAGCAGUCGAGGUUCACAGCACCCUCACAGAGCAGGCUCUGGCUGGGCAAGGCAUCGACCGCCAUUUGCUGGGAAUGAAGCUGGAGGCCAUUGCCGAUGGCUUCCGGGUGCCAGAGCUUUUCAUGGACACUUCCUACGCUGUGGCGUCUCACUGGAAACUCUCCACGGGACAGGUAGCUGCCCGCACGGAUUGUGUGAUGUGCUACGGGCCACUGGUCCCCGACGGCUAUGCUGUCUGCUACAACCCUCUGCCUACCCAUGUUAACUUUGCUGUUACUGCCUUCAAUUGUUGCCAGGAGACCAAUGCUGAGCAUCUGGCUGGUAGCAUCCAGAAGGCCCUGGAUGAUGUGGGAGCUUUGCUGGGGAACUGGGGAGUUGGGAGCGAUCAAAGGCAACCUUGAGAAGUCACUCCAUACCUCAACGCUUCCUCACCUUGGACCCGAGAGAAGAUCCUCUCAGCCUCAGGCCAACGCUUACCACCCAUAAUUCCAAACGCCUCAGGCCAAAAAUCUCUGCUCUACCACCCCUUUGUGCCAAAGUUUGUUAUCCUCUAGCCUUUCCUUAUCCAGAAUUCCCUUUGUAUCACUCCAGAGGGGGGAAAACAGCUUUCUUUUUUUCUACACAGUCUUAAUUCGAAGCCAAAUCUAAUUUAUUUCCACGUGGAAUAAUGAAAUAAAUGGUUCUUUCAGGAAAA